GAGUCAGCUGAGUCGCAUGGUGGGACUCGGAGGUUAGAAUAGGAGCAGCUGCCGUUUCUCGGAAAAUGAAAACAAAGUUGCGUAAUUACGUCAGUGGCCUUGCGAUGUUGCGGUAUUCAAGCCGUUGAUUCAUGCUGAAAGAACAAAGAUAGAGAACAAAACGUGCAUCACGGCCCCAACAGCCCGAUUCGUGUCGGGUGAGAUACCACUGAUUACUCGGGUGAUUGCAGGUGCGCGCUGCUCCUCCUGAGUUUAGCAGCGCGAUCUGGAAGGCCUUGAGAUAAGUUUGCAUGGUGACAGCGGGUAAUCGAAGAAGCACGUGCCAGCAUAUCGAGCAGCGUCCAACUUUCUUCAAUGGAGCACUCCGCCGAGAGCGAAGUUGUUGUGAAGGCCGCAGCGCCCAAGUCCAAAGCAUGCCUUCCAAUGCGGUAUGUGAUGUGCUUCAUGAUCAGCCUAGGGGUGUUCCUUGUCUACUCGAUGAGGGUGAAUCUUAGCGUCACCAUCAUUGCAAUGGUGAACACCACUGCCACCGACGCAAACUCAACCGACAUGGUCAACAUGGCGUGCCCAGUCUCCAGUAACCAGACCUCUCCAGAUGACUCUAAAAAGACUGGGGAGUUCCUCUGGGACCAGGUGACUCAGGGCUAUGUGCUCAACGCAUUCUUUUACGGCUACAUCAUCACCCAAAUCCCAGGUGGCUGGGUGUCGGAGGUCAUCAGCCCGGCCUGGAUAUUCGGCGGAGGCAUCGGAAUCACUGCCGUGCUCACGCUCUUCACUGCGGUUGUGGCGCGUGCGAGCCUGCCAGCCUUCCUGGUGCUUCGGGCACUCGAGGGGCUCUCUGAGGGCGUGACGUACCCGUCCAUGUACGCUCUGAUUGCCCGCUGGUCGCCGGUUCGGGAACGGAGCUUCCUGGCGACUGUGUGCACCCUUGGCUCCCUGCUGGGCACCAUCGUCACCUUACCCGUGGCCGCAGUGCUCUGUGAGCACGGUUUUGACGGAGGCUGGCCCUCCGUCUUCUACCUCUCUGGUCUGCUGGGCUUUGUCUGGGUUGUCGCCUGGUUCCUGCUCUCCUCUGCGACCCCUGAGCAGAACCGCCUGAUCUCUGCGGAAGAGCGAAAGUACAUCGUCGAAAGCCGAGACUGCAAGUUUGGAGUGUACAGGAGUGUUCCCUGGAUCGAGAUUUUGCUGUCGCAGCCUGUGUGGAUGUGUGCCUUAAUCAAGUUCUGUAGCGCCUGGAGCUUUUACACAUUGCUCACGGAACUGCCGAGCUACCUGGAGAAUGUGCUUCACUUCGAGAUUCAGAAGAACGGGCUCCUCAACGCUGGCCUCUACUUGAGCCAGGGAGUGGUGGGACUCGUGAGUUCCUACAUUGCGGACAGGGUCAUCGAAAGGCGUCUCCUCGGCGUCACUUCAACAAGGAAGGUGCUCGAGAGCAUUGGCCUUCUGGGAGGGGCGGUCAUCUUCGUCUGCCUGGCCUCUGCAGGCUGCAACACCGUUCUCGCGUGCGUACUCCUAUUGGUCGCAUCCUCCCUGGCCGGCGCCCAGUACGGCUGCGACGGCGUUCUGCCCAUCGACUUGGCUCCGGAGUUUGCAGGUUCUGUGAUGGGACUCGUGAACACCGUUUCUAACACGGCCGGGAUAUUUGCCCCAAUGCUUGUGGGCUACCUGACAGAAAACAAUGAAAGCCUGGAGCAGUGGAACACCAUCUUCUAUGUGUCAGCCGGCAUCAACCUGUUUGGAGGCGUGGUCUUCCUGAUCUUCGGCACGGCCAAGGUGCAACCAUGGGCCCACCCGCAAACCGAAGGGGUUCCGGACACAGAUCCGCUGAUUCCUUCGAUCAAUGACGAUCCGGUGCACGGCGCUGCUUCCCCGAACGACGGCGCCUCCUCAUCGGACAAACGUGCCUGAAAGCGCGCUCUGGGUUUCGCCCGAAAUCGACGCCGUGUGCAGUGCACACACUGCCGUUUCAUGCAGUGCACGUGCCAUGAUGUGCCGGCAAGCAGUACGCGAUUCCCUAAAGGCUGCUUCACUUGUUGGCAUAUGUGCGCAAUUCAGCCUGUCGCAUUCUUUUGUGGCC